AUGGAGAUUCAUCAUCGUCCUGGGGGUAAACAUGUGAAUGCUGACGCUUUGUCACGACUGCAGGAGGAAGCUGAUUGCCAGGAGUUCCGACACAGUGUGUUGCUGGAAGAUUUACCGUGUGGUGGGUGCACUUACUGUGCUAAACGACACGAGGAAUGGAGCAGCUUUAUCAACUCAGUAGACGAAGCUGUAUCUCUAGCUCAUUUAACACCAACAGUCAGAGCCGUCGUCAGGGAUGGGGACAAGCCAGACUGGGUUAACGGCUACUCAUGGCAGGAAGUUAGGAAAGCUCAACGGGAGGAUCCAAAUUUAAGCCUGGUAUUUCCUUGGCUUGAGUCACGAGAAGCUCCUGCUGAGAAUAUCCUUAUGUUGAGCAGCCGGGAAUCAAAACACUACUUGCUAAACAAAGAGCUAUUCUCCUUGGAUAAAGAAGGUGUUUUGUGGAAGCGGGACAGCAACUGUCUGGGCAAAAAACUGUUAGUGGUGCCCAAGAACUUGAGAAAGGACAUACUGGUCAUAUCCCAUGACUUACCUUCCACUGGACAUCAACGUCAGGAGAGAACCAUUGGACGUUGUAAGGAAAAGUUUUAUUGGUUCAACAUGUUGAGGGACAUCAAAAACCACGUUGCUACCUGCUCAACGUUGGACCAAUUCACGAAAUGGGUAGAGUGUAUACCACUGCCUAACCAGACCGCUGAGGAAACGGCUAAGGCAGCAGUUAAUCACUUUUUCUCAAGAUUUGGCUUUCCUUUCCAAAUAUUCACGGAUCGAGGGACCAAUUUUGAAAGCCAUCUAUUCAAACAGCUCUGUGAAAGGCUCCAUAUCCACAAAGCACGGACAACACGUUUUAGACCCUCUUCAAACGGACAAGUGGAAAGGUUUAACCGAACGAUCAUGGACGCAGUGCGAUGUUUCACGAGUCAGUCUACUGGUCAAUGGGACGAGUUCCUGCCACAACUCGCCGGGGCUAAAAGAUCUGCCGUCAACCGUAGCACUGGGUUCACACCAAACCUGUUAAUGCUGGGGAGAGAGGUAAAUACACCAGUCGACCUCAUGUUUCCAGGCCCUCAUCCCGAGGAUCAUGAGAAUUAUGAGGAAUAUGUAUCCCAUUUGGUUACGGAAAUACAGUCCGCUCACGAAACCACUCGUAGUAAGUUGGUUAUCAGUCAGGCUAUCAACAAGCGGGACUAUGACCUUAAAACAUUCACAAGGUCAUAUUCCGUGGGUGAUGCUGUGUAUGUGCUAGAUACCGCCACAGUCAAGGGUAAGUGUAGCAAACUCUCCCCAACCUGGAAAGGACCAGCUCUGGUAGUCCGUAAACUCACGGAGUAUGUGUACGAAAUCAUGCUCCGAAAGAAACUUGUGACGAUAAACCAUGAUCGUCUCAAGCCUUGUCGAGACAGAGAUUUGCCCGCCUGGUUACUCAGACAACGCGAACUCCGCGCUCAGGGUAAACAGGGUCAACCGGCUGUAGCAACAGCUGAGGACAGUGCAUUCUGUCUAUGUCGUGGCCCUGAUAACGGGGGACUGAUGAUACAAUGUGAGGAAUGUAGGGAAUGGUAUCAUGGUUCUUGCGUAAAUGUAACCAAGGAGCACGCCAAACUAAUUGAUGUGUAUCUCUGUCCAGAAUGUCUACCAGGUUGUAACUAG